GAAAAAUGUGCCUCUAAACCUCAAACAAACCGCCCAUCUCUAAUUGUUCUAUUCAAAUUCAUUUUCUUCAACCCUCAGUCUUCUCUUCCUUUUUUUGCAUAAUUCGUCUUCUGAUCUCAAAAAGAAACGCAAUUUGAAUGAGCACCAUUGCUGGAGAAUCGUCUUCCUCGUCGAAAAUGCCAGAAAACUCUCAGCCAACAACAACCGAAAAAGGAUCGGAAUAUUUAGAACAAUUGGCAAAUGAAGCCGAAGAGCUUAGAAAGAAAUUGGAUCAAGAGAGGCACAAGCUUAAUGACAUUCCUAUUCAACAAGCAGCCGAACGACUUGACGUUAUGGGAGCUCUUGGUGUAAAACAGCGUCGAAUUUUAAAAGGACACGUGGGAAAAGUAUUAUGCAUGGAUUGGUCAUUGGAUAAAAGACAUAUCGUCUCUUCAUCUCAGGACGGGAAAGUGAUUGUAUGGGAUGGAUUUACUACGAAUAAGGAACAUGCUCUUACGAUGCCAACAACUUGGGUUAUGGCAUGUGCAUUCUCUCCAUCGAGUCAAAUGAUCGCUUGCGGAGGACUUGAUAAUAAAUGCAGUGUCGUUCCACUUUCUUUUGAAGAUGAUAUAAUUCAAAAGAAAAGACAAGUAGCAACUCAUACUUCUUAUAUGUCAUGUUGUACAUUCCUUCGUUCGGAUAAUCUUAUUUUAACUGGAAGUGGAGAUUCAACAUGUGCUAUUUGGGAUGUUGAAAGUGGACAACUUAUUCAGAAUUUCCAUGGUCAUACUGGUGAUGUAUUUGCAAUCGAUGUUCCAAAAUGUGAUACUGGAAAUACAUUUAUUUCCGCAGGAGCUGACAAACAUUCUCUUGUAUGGGAUAUUCGUUCAGGACAAUGUGUACAAUCAUUUGAAGGACAUGAAGCUGAUAUUAAUACUGUUCGAUUUCAUCCAAAUGGUGAUGCAUUUGCAACUGGAUCUGAUGAUGCUACUUGUCGCUUAUUCGAUCUUCGAGCAGAUCGUCAAGUAUGUGUGUAUGAAAAAGAAUCAAUCUUGUUCCCCGUAAAUGGAGUCGAUUUCAGUUUGAGCGGUCGUAUUCUAUUUGCUGGUUAUGGUGAUUAUCGUGUCGGUGUAUGGGAUUCGCUGAAAUGCGCCCGUCAUUCAGUACUUUAUGGACAUGAGAAUCGUAUUAGUUGCCUCCGAACUUCUCCUGAUGGAACAGCCGUCUGCUCGGCGAGCUGGGAUUGCACAAUUCGCAUUUGGGCUUGAUUAUUUAAUAUUAAUUUUUCUCUUACAAUUUUUGAGCUUUAUGUCACUUUACUCAUCCCCCUUCCCACCAGUCUCUAUCCCUGUACUAUUAUCUAACCAUCCCACUAUUUUCUCCUAUCUCAACUUUCUAGUCACAAAUACUGUAAAGUACUCGUUCAUUGCUGAAUGAUGUAAAUAGAAUUCACUAAAU